ACGAGAUUGCUGCAAAAUUAAAAACAUCUUCGGUCACACGCGCGCAUAUAUUGCAUACACACAGGAGCAAAAAAAGCAAGCAAAGCAAAAAGAAGAAAGAAUAAUAACAAAAAUACUUCCGACUUAAGAGACUUUUACACAGAUGUGUAUAUAUUUUAGUGUGCAUAGCUUAUAGUUAGAUACAAAGUGACCGAAAGGAGCAAGAGCAAAGCCGGACUAUCGUCUCAAGUUAUACCCCUCUUAUAUAUUAUUAUAUAUUCUUUAACUUGGCAAAAUCAUCAUCGUCGGAAAAACCACCCCUUCGAGAAAUUUUCUCUAUAUAAAAUUUAGUGUAAUUUUCUUCUCUUAAUAAAUAUUUACCCACACACCACCGGGCGCCUCGAUCCGUCGUGCGUUCUGUAGAGGCGCUUCUGGCUUCAAUCCUUCGCCUCUCGUGUGGGUCGCUGUUCGCAGAGAAGAUAGACUCGCCGCUGUAAGGAGCUGCCAUCGUCCUCGUGUGUCCUUCUUCUUACAUAUUAUCGUAGCUCCGGAGAAAGUCGUGCACCACAUCUAACUCGACUCUCUUACGGUUCGGACCUAAAACGUACACGCGGCGUACAUUUUCUUAGAUUCGUUGUCGGAACGCAAAAAAAAAAUACCAAAACUAAAACAAAUUCAAAUCAAAUCCACCAGUCACCAUCAUUAAAUCCCGGGUUUCGAGUUUGUGAAAUCAAUCAGUUUCGCGAAGUAACAACAAAUGAUAAAUCGGUAAAACAAACUUUCGUAAAUCGUGUUGAACAGCUUUUGAACGGCUCUUGAAUCAGCUCAAUCUGUACUCAGAAAAAAAAAUCACGAGAUGGAUCACCAGCAAAACCGUGAAUAAAAGAUCGCUGAAAGAUUCGUUACGCGAGGAUUACUCCAACAACAGUGUGGUAUCGAAAGUAUCCUAAGAAGAAGUUUGAAAGUGUUGCGCGCAAAAAAAUGGCCUUCAUCCACCAGCUCUCGUUGGCCUUAAGUCUGCUGAACUCCAAGGAUAUUGUUCGUGCCAACAGUUCCGGUUCACUGCCAAACGCCACUAUCACCGGUGCCGUGGCCGGAAGUCCUCGCCGUAGAUCAGUGUUCCCACCUUCCGGGGUGCCAAUCUUGCUUUGAACAAGUUCUUCAGUUGGAUUUUAAGUUAUCAAGAACCAAAUAAACGACUAUAUCUAGUGUGUGUGAAACUCAAUGAACAUGUUCUCCAUAAAGGCAAAUGAAUACAAGGAAACGGCGAAAAUCAUCUUGUUUCAUUAAUUGUGCAAAAACAAACCGCAAAUAACAAACCAAAAAACAAUUGCAAAAGAUGCUGAAGACCAGAACACGCGGAAGACAAAAUGAAAAAAUCACGAAAACUGGUCAAAUUGUUGCAAAAUGUCAUCCGAAAGAAAUGAGUGAAAAAUUAUGUGAAACAGCAAAAUGGUCAGACAACUACAAUGAUGAUUGAUGCGGUUGGCUCCCGUACUGCCAUAGGCCAAACCGAUCUAAUCGAUCAUCGUAUCAAAGCUAGAAUAACAGUAAAAUAAAGUCUAGUUAAAUAAACUAAACGCAAAUAGUUAAAAAAAACACUGAAAAAUAUUUCUCCCCACGAACCGCGAAAAGCGUCGCGCUAAAAGGACAUGCUCUCACCACCGGCACCGCCACCUCAAAUUGUUGUGUGGUAGCAGAAGCAGCAGUACCCCAACCCCCCCAAAUUUAGUUUGUCGCAAUUUUUUACUACUGCAAAAAAUCCCCACGACAACCGCCAGAAUAAAAAAAAUACAAAUCACCGGAGAAGAUCAGUGAGAGUGAAAAUUUUCUGACCAAUAUAAAACCCGGAAAAAUAGAUUGAGAAGAUGAGGAAGAAUUAAAGUCUGAGUGAAGAGUAUCUUUAAGUUUGAGCUAACAACAACAUAACAUUCGAUCAACAAACACGAAGACAGUGCGAAAUCGAUAAAAGUUAAAAAAAAUAAAACGCGCGAACUGUGUAGACGGCUAGAAGAAAAACUGUACGAAAAACUGAAAUAAACCUUAUCAUAAAAGUGCUUUGCGAUGAUAUGUGUCGUAAAAGUGCGAAAAUAGCUUACUAAAAAGCCACGCGAAAGCUAAAACUAAGGAGAGUUCCCUCGUGGAAACGAGGAAUUCGCCAUCACCAGCGAGUAUUGAACACAGAAAAACCCCCGGAUUCGACAUCAAAAACCAUAUGACGACAAACAAAACUAACCAAAAAGUGAAGACAGUAGUGCAAGUGUGUGUGUUAUUAAGAACAAGAAGAGAACAAAAGGAAUACUCGUCCCCACAAAACAAAUGAACAAAGUGAGAAUAUGUCAAACUGCGGAGAGAGAAGAAAAAGUGAAAGUGAACAAUAGAAAAUACUGCAAGAAGACAAAUAAAAACAAUAGUGAAGCUAACCGCAAGUGCAAAGCGCAAUUUAAAAAUAAACAUACAUUUAAAUUCAAAGCAAACCCCCGAUAACCCCACAUUCAAUCCAACCGAUUCGACUUGUACCCGAAGAUUACCAAAACAGCCAGGUCCAUGCGAUGGAAGGGGAAUCAUAAGGCCGGGUUAAGUGAGGGGUUCUGUUUGGAAUUGUUGGAAGGGGCGCUCGCCAGUUGUCGUUUUCGUCGUCGCCGUCGUCAACGUUCAAGCGGUCGUAUGAAUCGCCGACUUGGUUCUUGGUAUUGCCUCCGUUGUACGAGUACCAGUCGUAGUAAGAAUCCGCAGCAAGCAGAGGAACAACAACAACCGUGGAGAGGGGAGAGUUUCUCCCACCCUGCUGUACUGGUCUGUGGGCCAAUAACGCUGUUCGCCUCUUAUGAUGUCAUCAGAGGAGGAUAGUGAUUCUUUCGGUUUGUACGUCGAUAAGUUGCUAAAGAAAAACAAACGAACCAGACAGCGUGUAGACGCGGGAGAGCCAAGAAAUAGUUAUUCUUCGAUACCGAACUUUAGUUCCAGACCGUCGUCCUUCAUGAGCGGUGGUUUAUACGGGGCUAUUUUUAGCCAAAGCCAGCAGCAUUUCGGUGGACUGUUUGGCUACGGGCCAGCCAACAAGAUGCUCAACGAGCUCUUGGGAAGACAAGUGAAGCAAGCUCAGGACGCCAACGAUCCGGACAGUAUCAGUAUGCUAUCAUCGAUUGAGGCAGCUAAUGCAGUGGAUAGCAGCAAUACCCCAACGAGCAAACACGGAUUCGAGAGUACGACGAAUCUGAACAAUAAUAACAGUAGUACGGCAAACAACAACAACAGUGCAAACAAUAAUUCGCCCACAUCAGACGGAUCUGUAAUGAUGGGUCGAAGGAGUACCAAUAGUCAGAAUAACACUGCCAGCAACAGUGUUGGUGGUAACAACCAGCAAAACAGCAACAGUAACAGCAGCAGUGGUGUUAUAGACCUUGACGGUGGUUCUAGAACACCACAGCCAAACGACUUAGCGCAUCACAUGUUGCGCAAUAUCCUGCAGGGCAAGAAGGAGCUGAUGGCCCUCGAUCACGAGCUUCGAACUGUAAGCAACCAGAGUUCGACACUCGGCGACCGGAUAUCGCCCGAUAAUAACAACGUGAUCAGUAAGAAUAAUAACAUCUACGACAUAAGCAAGUGCGAAGCAGUAAACGGGGGUAGUGGAAACGUUAGUGACUCUAGUGAACUAGGUGCUAAUAAUAAUAAAGUGAUUCAGAAGAACAGUGCGACCAAUAAUCAAAACAAUAACAGUGAUAACAACAGUCAACAUUCGACUAGGCCAAUUUCUCUGGACUCGAACAAUAGCAAUUGUGAUGAUAUGUUAGCCUCGGAUCUGGCCCACACCGAGCGGCUACUGAACGGUGUGAGUGGAAAUGGUGCCGUUACAAGCGGUGGCCGGUGUUCCAGUGUGAAUCCUAAACAGGAGAAGAGUGAUGUGAUUGAUGAGCUGGUGGCAUCGCUUCCGGAUGAGGUCGAUGAAACCAUGCCGUCACCUGCCUCAGGCAGUAAUGGUGUGAUAAUUACCAAACAGGAGUUAGACAUGGACGAUUGCUUAGAAGACAAAGACCGGGAUGAUCGUACGCCAAGUCCGGCGCCGAGCAAGAAUGAGUCGGAAUCGUUGACGCUAAAACGGGCACGAGUGGAAAACAUUGUGUCGUCUAUGCGUGCAAGCCCCGCUCUUCUGGGCUCCCAGCAGGGACAGGUUAACGGAUGCAAAAAGCGGAAGCUGUAUCACCCGCAGCAACAUGAUAACAACGCUGCCGAGCGAUAUGCUGCUGCGGCUGCGGCCGGAUUAAAUCUGGGACUAACGUUACAGAACUUUAUGCUGGGUGCCAGUGCCGAUCCAGAUGAUGACGAUGACGAUAUGGAAGUGACUCCGCACAUUCAUCAGAAGCGUGUCGAAAAAGACGUACUUAAAUCCCAGUUGCGAUCGAUGCAGGAACAACUUGCCGAAAUGCAGCAAAAAUAUGUGCAAUUAUGUUCUCGGAUGGAGCAGCAGUCCGACACCCAGGAGGUGGACGACAGUGCCAGUGACAUCAUGGAGGACGAUUCCAACAACCCGGACCUAUCGCCGGAUAAGUCGCUAAUUCAAAGUUCCCCAGCCUCCACCCCGAUCAAAGACAUGGGCAAAAACACUGAUGCGUCCAGUAUGCUGCAGAUGAUGAGCAAGAUGAUGUCGGCCAAGAUCCACAGUCAACUACCAACGCAUCCGCACAUGCCAGGCGGAUUCAACGGAACGCACCUGUUCUUGCAGCAUAUGCAUCAGCAGGCUGGACUGCCCCACGAUGGAAUGAGCCAACACAAUCAAAUGAACAAUGCCGCAAUGUACCAGAAACUGUUCAUGGAACAGGAAGCGCGGAUGGUGAAAGAAGUCGCCGAGCAACAAGAAAGGAAUUUGCAAAGUUCUGCAAACCAGCAACUGCUUCAACAGCAAGCUCUUCAGCAACAGCAAAUGCAGCAACAGCAGCAUCAGGAACGGAAUAACACCCAGCAGCAGAUGAUGCAGCAGCAACAGCAGAACCAACAGCCCCAGCCGCAGUUGCAAUCUCCUCAGCAUCAGACGAGUCAAUCGCAGCAACAGCAGCAGCAGCAACAACAACAGCAGCAACUGCAGAUGCAACAGCAACAACAGCAGCAAAUGCAGCAACAUCAACCUCCCUCCCAACCAAAUCACAUUUCAACGCCGCAAAUGCCACCCAUGCCCCAUCUACCGCAGAUCCCCAAGGGCUCCACUAUUCCAUCGGAUCUAACUAACCGGCUGAACAUGAUGCGGUCAAGUGUUAGCUCGGUUGGACCCAUGUCCGGUACGGAUCUGGAAGGCCUAGCGGAUGUAUUGAAAACGGAAAUCACUGCCUCGUUAUCCAAUUUGGUCGAUUCAAUUGUGACGAGGUUCGUGCACCAGCGAAGGUUCCUAGGAAAGCAGUCUGAAGCAGCGGCGGCGGCAGCCGAACAACUAAACAAGGACCUUAUGAUGGCUUCGCAGUUACUGGACCGUUCGAAGUCGCCGCGGACUAAAGUUUCUUCGGAUCGUGGACCUACCUCCGGCAACAGCAGUAGCAAUCAAUCAGGUAAUGGACCAAUGCUUAAUUCCAAUCUUAACAGCGCACCCAAUCAGAACCAGCCUCCAGCUGGCAAUCCGAUGAUUCCUGGUCAGCAGGGUAAUGGGCCUCGACUGAACGGCACUGCGUUCCCUCCCAUGGGAAUUCCGAUGCACGUGAACAAUGCGUCUACGCACGACCCCAAGACCAUGAACAAUAUGAAUCAGAUCAAUAUUCCACCUCAUGUUCGACCUUCUCCUUCUACAGCUAUGUUCCAAACGCCGAAGCCACCGCAGAACCUCAACUCGGUAGCCGCAGCCGCCCUGUACAACUCAAUGAGUGCCCUGGGCAACACUCAGGUGAAUCCCUUCUGUAUGCCCGAGCCGCGAGAUAAUCCAGAGCAGGCCGAAGCACUGAGCCUCGUUGUUACACCGAAGAAAAAGCGCCAUAAGGUGACGGAUACCCGAAUCACGCCACGAACCGUGAGUAGGAUCCUCGCUCAAGACGGAAUUAUCCCAUCCGGCAAUUCGAUCCAGCUAGACCAAAACAAUAGCAAUCAAGGUAGCAACACUGCGAGCAGUAACAGCAGCUUGAACAGUGUCAACAAUGGGAAUAAUAGCAACAACAAUAACAAUAACAACAACACUAGCAAAAACAAUAACCAGCAGCAGUUCAACAGCCAACCACCGAGUGUGCAAGCGAGCACCCCCACUGAGAGCCCCUCUCCACGAGGCUCGUUCCAUCCUCCACCCCCGGCGAUGCUGCCGGUGUCGUUACCAACGUCGGUGGCGAUACCGAAUCCCUCCCUGCACGAGUCCCAGGUGUUUUCGCCCUACAGCCCCUUCUUUAACCCCCACGGCCCCCCUCACGGUGGUCCCCACGGACCACAGCCUUCGCAGUUCCACCACAUGAAAGUGUCGUCGAGCCCACCGGGCAUGAACGGCAUGAUGGACCCGCGAGAUUCGCCCCCGCUACCGCACCCGCCCACGAUGCUACACCCGGCACUGCUGGCAGCUGCCCACCACGGAAAUUCGCCCGACUACGGCCACAUCCGGGCGUCCAUGGACGUCAACGACCGCAACUCGGACUGCAACUCGGCGGACAUAUCCUACAACGGCAUGGAGCCUACUAUAUCCUUUUCAAAUUCCUUAACUCCGGUGUACUCGUCAACAUUGACCCCGAUGCACCUGCGCAAGGCGAAGCUGAUGUUCUUCUGGGUCCGGUACCCGAGCUCGGCCGUCCUCAAGAUGUACUUCCCGGACAUCAAGUUCAACAAAAACAACACCGCCCAGCUGGUCAAGUGGUUCUCCAACUUCAGGGAAUUCUACUACAUUCAAAUGGAGAAGUACGCCCGGCAGUCGGCAAGCGAAGGUAUGAAGAACGUGGACGACAUCCAUGUGAGCAAUGACAGCGAGAUCUACCGUGUGCUCAACCUGCACUACAAUAGGAAUAAUCAUAUCGAGGUGCCCCAAAAUUUCCGAUACGUCGUUGAGCAGACGCUGCGGGAGUUCUUCCGCGCGAUACAGAGCGGGAAGGACACCGAGCAGUCGUGGAAGAAGUCGAUCUACAAAAUCAUCUCCCGGUUGGACGAUCCGGUGCCGGAGUACUUCAAGUCGCCCAAUUUCCUCGAGCAGCUGGAGUAAGUUUGGCGGAGCCGGAGGUGUGCCGUCUACCAGCAGCAGAACAAAACAAUAAACCUAAUACAAUAAACACUAACAGUAAACAACAUAGAGCAACAAUUGAUUGGCGGAUGGUGGCGGCGGAGACAAGAGACAUUCGCCAACACUGCCCCCCAACAACUGAAACCUGCAAACACCGAAUCAAUAACCAAAAUAACUGAGGGUAAAGAGUAAAUAAUAAAUUUAAACAGAGGGAAAACAAAGACAAAGAUGAGAAGUUACUUUAUUAAUUAUAAAUUUAAAGCAAAUUAUACAAAAUUGUUAUCUAAACAAAUUUAAAGCAAAAAGAAAUUUAAUUUUAGAGAAAGUAAAAGUAACGCAAAGUAUAAAUAUAUUGUUUGAAACAGUAAGAGGGAGAAGCAAAAAGAAACCAAAACCUUAAAACCAAGAACAAACCAUCUAAUAAGCGAAAGCAUAAGACAUAAGAGAAGUAACAACAAUUUGUGGUUCCUAAUAAUGUAGUGUGCUUACGUCCGAAUAUAAAAAACAAAACAAAGAGGAAACAGUUAAGAAACAGUCAGGUGGAAAGCAAAAUUUAAAAAAAGUGAAACAACUAAAGCCGAAACAAAACAGUACUUAUAUGAGACUCGGUAUACUCGCGUUUAGGCCUUUAUUUCAGAACACUACCCAAAUUUUAACAAAACAAAACCAUUCGAACUAAGUCAGCGGAAUAGAUGUUUAAAACUGAUAUUCAUCAAGAACACAAAAAACCUCCAAAUUUAAAUGUUUUGAAAACGAAACAAAACCUCGAAAACAGAGUAGGCGAGUGUAUCGCGUGUGGCCCCACAUUUGGCGAACAAAAGCAGGAAAAGAAGGAAACAUUAUCGGAUCGACAAUUUCGGGAGAUUUGAACACCAAUAGCGGAGCGGAAUUUACGGAAUUUCCAACGUGACGUGGCAAGGAAGCAAACAAGGGCGCGAAGCUCGCGCCAUUGUUCGCGGGAGAGAGUAAACUGUAUUGCAACUAGGGACGUUCUUUCGGAUUGCAAAAAAGAAAAGAAACACUAUAAAAAUGAAAUACAAUCAUCUUCUAGUAAAGUUAGACGAUGUGGUGGGAGUGGCGACUUUCAGGAGCAGUCGAAACUUCUGAAGCAACCAAACACUAAAACCAUGUGAAAAAUGGAUAAAAAUAUUGUAAUUAACGUUCUGGAACCGCGGGCCCCCUUAUGAAGGGGUAGCUCGGGCGGUAAAUUUGUUAGUUUUUUUUCUUUCCUUAUUAUGUUCGAACUUGUUUAUAAAAAUUUGAGUUGUAAUUAUUCUCGGGUGGAAUUCGCUCCCAGCUUGGACCGGGUUGGGAACCCGGUCCAAGGUGGAAGACAAUUCCGUCCACACUGUGUAUACUAAUUUAAUCGAACCAAGACAAUGAUGGAGAAGAGUGAACUUUUGGCAGAACCUAAAAUCAUGAAAUACAUAAACAUAACUAUAAACGAAAAUCAAUUUUUUAGAUCUAAGAAAAUUAGCUGGAAUAGGCACGUGGUUGGCUUCGUUUCAGCAAACGCAAAGGGUUGGCGUUACGCACCGUUACGCAGCGGUCAAGUUGCGCCGAUUUCGAAAAAAAAACAUAAACUUGUAAAUAACGGAAAAGAAAGAAUGUGUGAGAUUUAUUUAUUUUUAUUUUACGAACGUGGUUGUGUAAUAAAUUAUUGGUUAUUUCCUGGACAAAAUUGUAAAAAGUUGUAAUCAAAAUUUUUAAGUCGAAAGAAAAGGACGACCAACAUGCGGCUGUUUUUUUGUUUCUCAACGUCGACGACGCGCGCGCACGGCGGGAACUGUUUAGGUAGUGAAAUUUGUUUUCGUUUCUAAGUACCACUAUUUUGGCAUCAACGUUUAGGCUCAAAUUUUUAAAACUGGGAGAGAAAAAAAAAUGUUUCGGCUGUUUUGGGGAGGGGCUUUUGGUUUCGCUUGCGCGGGUGGGGAACACAUUCAUUUGGGCGACCGAACUGUUUGGUUUUUUUACGGUGCAGGGAUUUUCGGCGUAACGUGGGUGGGGCGAUGCGGUGAUGCAACUUGACUGGUGUAACGCUGCGUUAGGUGAAGAUCGAGUUGUUUGCGAACGGAAGCAGAGGAAAAGCAGCGCGUGUCCAUUCCAGCAAGGUAAAACAUUGUUGAAAAUUGAAAAACAAAACUAUUUCGGCAUAAGUGAGGAAAACAAAUUUGGAACUAAAUAUUUUGUAGAUAGUAUUGUCUGUGCAGUCUAAUCAUUGAGGCAUAAACAUUCCAAAUUCAAGAGACAUUGUAUAUUUUUUAACGUAAAAAUUAUAUUCGUAGAACAUAAGGGCGAUACCUUCAUUGUAUUGUUUAGCGGGUAAGUCAAAUUUUUUGCUUAUUUUUUGUGUUUUAAGUUUUUUAUAAAGCAGCUGGAAAAAGUGAGUCACAUUGGUAUCUAAACCGGUUCGAGUUCCGGAAGUGGUCUUUCCAAAUUCGAUUGUCGUUGCACAAAGCAAACUUUUAGACUAAUUGCACCACUAGAAAUUAUCAGCAAUAGAAUAAACGGAGUUGAAAUUGGCACUCCGAUGAAUUGGUCUACCAGAAAAGGGCCGCUACUUGCAACUAAAACCGGCUUAGGAUGGUCAGAAAAAGUGACUUAUUUUGAACCAGCGCCAAAAAUCUAAAUCAUACCAAAGUUAAUCAAAGGUAAUCGAUAAGUUUCCCCACUAGUCUCUAACUAUAUGAAUUAUCACUUCGACUGAGUUAUAUCGAUUUUUCACCUGUCCUAUUAUCCGUUACUUUAUGAAGCGGUGAGGGUGAAUUUCUUGUAGAAGAGAAGAAAGGAUGAGCAGCAAAUGCAAGAAAUAAGGUACAAAUGGUGUACGUUUUAAGAAGAGAAUAUCAUAGCAACUAGCGGUAGUAAGCGUAACCUUUUCAAAGCAAAAAAUUUAGAACGAUAAACAACAUUUAAUUGUGAGUUUCCUAGUCUUGUGUAUCGAAUAAGUUAAUCGUUUCUGGAAAGGAUUCAAGCGCGGACACGCGAGUGGAAUAGCUUUUGGCAAACGAACACUCUGAACGCUAAACCAAUCACACGGUUUUAUUGGAGAAAAAAAAAACAAAAUAACAUUGGAAAAAAUUGUGUAAAGCUAAAUUCUAGCAAGUAAUUUAUUCAGGGCGUUUGAAAUUAUUUAAACCGUGUUGAAAAGAAGCAACAUUGUAAAAUAAUUUAUUUAAAGUAUAAAUUUCAAGAAAACUGGUUAUUUUUGUAACUGAAUAAUGAACUUAUUAUUAUGAUUAUUAUUGACAUUAAUGGAAAAUGUACAAAAAAUAAUAAAUCUAAUCGUAUGAAAAGUUAAUCAAAA